UCCGCCCCGCGACCCCCUGACAGCAGGAAGCGUUCUGAUUGGACGUCUGGUGACGGUGCGUUGGGAUGACGUGAUCGAUCAGCUCGGCAAUCGCCGCUAGUUCCCUUAUUAGGCUAGUGAAGCCGCACUGAUCGGCAGCGAUGUCGGCGGCGGAGGAGGACACGGAGCUGCGGGAUCUGCUGAUCCACACGCUGGAGAAUAACGGCGUCCUGAACAAGAUCAAAGCGGAGCUGCGGGCCUCCGUGUUCCUGGCGCUGGAGGAGCAGGAGCGGGCGGAGAACAAGCCUUCCCUCAUCAAUGAGAGUCUGCGGCAGCUCCUGGCCACCCGGGAUGGCCGCCUGCUGUCCGGCCUGCUCACUGACUUCCUGCAGCACUUCCACCUGGACUUCACCCUGGCCGUGCUGCAGCCUGAAGCCUGCCUGCCCAGCGCCCCUGAGGACCGGACUGCCAUCACCCGAGAACUGGGGCUGCCGGAGGCGGGGAAGAAGGGUCCGCUGCUCCUGCAGCUGCUCAGGUGUUUCCGGCAGAGAGACUCGGUGCGACCCCCGACCCAGGAGCUGCCCCCGGAGUACACGGCAGAGGCGCGGGCCCAGUUCAGGCUGCGGAGCCGGGCAGGGAGCGGGGAGGUGGGGGAGCUGGAGCUGCGGGCGAUCAUGGCAGAGCUGUGCCCUCACUUCCCGGGGAACAUGUUAGAACGGUACAUCACAGAUGAGCUGGCGGGCAGGGAGCCGGGAAUAGACGAGCAGAGCUUCCUGGCCAUGUACCGGCGGCUCUACCUCCACUGCCGGAGUGUGGUGUCCCGGGAGCCCCCCGAGGACAGCACCCCCAGAGAGGCCCCCCAGCCGGACGAGUCCAAGCUGGAUGAGGACGACUUAGAGGGGGACUCCUUCUUCGAUGACCCCAUCCCCAAGCCGGAGAAGACAUACGGCUGGAAGGAGGAGGUGGGCAGAGCCCAUCCUGGGUGUAGUCUGUCCCAGAGCCCCCCAUCUGGGUCACCGAGGGUCACUGAUCAGGACAGGGAGUUGAGGUCCACCUCUGAGAAAAUGGGGGCUGGCAAUGACGACGACUACAUGGAUGACUUCCAAAGCAGCAGCCAGCGCUCCGAGAAGAGUGAAGCAAGUAUCGGCGAGGACCUGGAGGGGGAGCUGUCUGUGGAGGACCUGACGGCCAGCGAACCCCGGCUGGAGGAGCUCACCCUGGACAACUCGCUGUCCCAUCUAAGCGAUGUGGCUGACUACCUGGAGGAGGUGUCCUGAGGAAUGGGAUGGACAUGUCCGCUCUAUCAUGGUGGACACUGCAUAUUCAGGAGGAAUAGUGGAUGUCUUACAGCUAAUAAGCCUAACGUGGGAAGAAAUAAUGACCUACUGCUGUGUUCCCCAACCGGGGUAUCUCCAGCUGUUACAAAACUACAUCUCCUUUCAUAUCCAGACAGCCAAAGGUUAUCUGGGCAUGCUGGGAGAUGUAGUUUUUCAACAGCUGGAGGUACCCCAGUUGGGAAACGCUGGCGUACUAGGACACUGCAGGUGCUGCUGCUUGAUAUAUUCUCAGAUCACUAGGAAUCUCCAGAUGAUAUGGAUCAGAUAUAUUUUUGUUAUAUAGACUGGUAUUAUAAUAAAAUAUUUUAUUAAUUGUC